AUGUCCGGCUGGCACUACCUCCGGAUCAAAAUCACGCCCGACCCGAUUCUCGAGCAAAACAACAGACCGCUCUACAACAACAUCGACGUGGACUUGCUCACGUGGCGCAGCAUGCUCACGCAUGCGUUGGGCCAGCUCUACGGGCUUCUGGGCGAGGCCAGCCAUUUCGACGUGUUGGUGAAACAGACGCAGAAACCCGCGGUGGAGGCCGUGGUGCGCAUCCAGGAGGCCGAUGUGCACCGUUUCUGCACGAGUCUUCUGAACUACAGCUGCUGCCUCAGUGACUACUUGGGACAGGAGUACCCGGUGAGUGCGUAUGCCCGGGUUGUGGACCGGCUGCCGUUUUUGGGUGUGGUUGUGGACGAGACGUUGGUGCGUGUUUGA